AAUUCCCAGCAACCACAAGGUGGCUCACAACCAUCUGUAAUGAGAUCUAGUGCCCUCUUCCCGCCUGCAGGUGUACAUGCAGUCAGAAGAACACUGUAUACAUAGUAAAUAAAUCUUAAGGUUCAGUCAUGCUAAGCAAAUACCACCAACUGAACUAUAUCCUUAGGCUCUAGUCCAAUAUUUGUCAAAUUGGAAAUGUCUCCAAGUGUUCUCAUUUUUUUAUUAUUAUUAUUAUUUUUUUUAUUAGUUCAAGUUAGGGAACAAACUUGUUUCAAAUGUAAGUCCCUUCUCCCUCUCCCUCCCGUGUUCUCAUUUUUUAAUCGAUGAUAAUUUUUUUCACAGAGGCAUACACUAAAAAUAGCUCUGAGCUGCAUACUCUUAGCUUCUAAGGGUUGCUGUGGUGUUAGCAGGACAAUUGUUACAUCAACGGCUGCAGUUUCAGAAUUGGACUUUAUGAGGUUCUAGGUGAGAAUUCUGUCAUUGCUGCCAGUGAUGGCUUUGGAAAAAGAUGCCUGUCCUGCUUUACAGAAAGUGGAAAACAGCAGCGCAGCAGGGAACACAUCUAAGCCUGCCAAUAAGUGAGAAUCUCAGGGUCUGGGCAAGUGGUGUGAGGAAAUUCACUUACCACGGUUCUCACUAAAGCAAGGCAUGAUCCCAACACGUUACGUUAUGCCUUGGAAAGAAAACAUGAAAUUCAGGAAUGUGAAUCUGAAGCAAGCAGAAGCAUGUGGGAUCUAUGCUGGCCCCUUGGAAGAUUCUCUGUUCUGGGGUUACAGGGAGCGGCUUUGCCAUGGGGAAGAUCGGAAAGCCGUCCUGAAGAAAGGCCUGCCGGACAUAAAGAUUGCCGACAUUCCUUUGCAUUCCCCUCUCUCCAAAUACCAGAGCACUGUGAUCUCCCAUGGCUUCAGGAGACGACUGAUUUGAUGUAUCAACCUGGGGGGUAGCGGUGUGCUUGCCUAAUGUACAACAGACUUAGGGUAAAAAUCCCAUUACUACUAAAAAGAAUAAAACAAUAAAGUAGUUCA